CGUUUCACUACAUGGCACUAACAGGCAGAACCCGUCUGUGGACUUCCAUAAGCUGGAGACAUGGGGAAGAUAUUCUACAUCAGCAUAUCUGUGGCAGUAACCUGUCUGGUUGUAGCCACUGGAGUUUUAGCAAUUAUCAUAGCCCUCUCUGUGAUGUACGCUCAUGAGAGGUCAAGAAAUCUACAAUCACUUCCAACCACUGCUGAACGCAGUUCAACCAGCACUGUUUCCACCACACCAUCUGGACCCAAAGGACCUUGGGAGUACUACAGGCUUCCACAAACCCUCUCUCCUGUCCACUAUAACAUUACCCUAUGGCCCCGGCUAAAGCCCGAUGCAGAUGAUCUGUACAUCUUCACUGGAAACUCCAGGGUGGCUUUCAGAUGUGUGAGCCAGACUGACCUCAUCCUCAUCCACUCCAACAAGUUGAACUUAAGUAUGUUUGAUGGAUUUCACGCCAAACUGAAGGGUUUGGCUGGAGCUGCAGCCCCCACCCUGAAAAAGACCUGGUUGGAGGUUCCCACCCAGUACCUGGUGGUUCACCUCAAUGACCCUUUGCAGCCCGGCAGCGUGUACGAGCUCUACACAGAGUUUGUUGGAGAGCUAUUAGAUGACCUGGGAGGCUUCUACAGGAGUGAAUACUUUGAAGACGGCAUCAAAAAAGUUGUAGCGACAACUCAGAUGCAGCCAACAGAUGCCAGGAAAGCCUUUCCCUGCUUUGAUGAGCCGGCUAUGAAAGCUAUCUUUCACAUGACUCUGAUUCACCCUCAGGGGACUGUGGCUUUAUCUAACGCCAUGAACUAUGACCCUGUCAACAUCACUGUGAAUGGGGAGAGUUUAAUUCAGACCAGCUUUGAACCUACCGAGAUCAUGUCAACCUACUUGUUGGCUUUUGUUGUUUGUGAUUUUGCGUACAUUGGGACAAACCCGGAUGCAGAUGUCUUGAUCAGGAUCUGGGCUCGCAGAAAGGCCACUGAAGAAGGCCAGGGAAAGUACGCAUUGGAGACGACCGGACACAUACUGGGAUUUUAUAAGAACUACUACAACUCUUCUUAUCCUCUCAAAAAGUCAGACCAGAUCGCUCUUUCUGACUUCAGUGCUGGAGCAAUGGAAAACUGGGGAUUGAUCACCUACAGAGAGACAGCACUCCUUUAUAAUCCUGGAGUUUCCUCUAAUGGAGACAAAGAGUGGGUGGCAAUUGUCAUCUCUCAUGAGCUAGCUCACAUGUGGUUUGGAAACUUGGUUACCAUGAGGUGGUGGAAUGACUUAUGGCUCAAUGAAGGAUUUGCUACCUAUGUUUCUUACCUAGGAGCUGAUUAUGCUGAACCCAGCUGGAAUAUGAAAGAUUUAAUCGUUCUGAAUGAGAUUACUGAUGUGAUGGCCAUGGAUGCUUCAGCUCACUCCCACCCCUUGUCUACCAAAGAGGAGGAAAUCCUGAAACCAGAGCAGAUCAGUCAACUAUUUGACGCCAUCACAUACAGCAAGGGUGCAGCAAUCCUCAGAAUGCUCUCAGACUUUAUUACAGAAACAGUCUUUUCUAAAGGACUCCAUACAUAUUUAGAGGAGUUUAAGUAUAACACCACAGGCUACAAAGACCUCUGGAAGCACCUACAAAUGGCAGUUGACAAAGCUGGCAUAUCAUUGCCCCAUUCUGUGGAGGUUAUUAUGAACCGAUGGAUCCUACAAAUGGGCUUCCCAGUGGUCACCAUUGACACCCAGACUGGAAAAAUCACACAGAAACACUUUCUGUUGGAUCCAGAGUCUGUUGUGGACAGACCUUCAGAGUUCAAUUAUGAGUGGUUCGUCCCUGUUACCUGGAUUAAGACUGGUGGUUCUGAACAGCACCAGUCCACCACGUACUGGCUUCUUAACAAGGAAGACACAAACAUGGAACUGGUUCUUGGUGAUGCUGAGUGGUUGGUGGCCAACAUAAACAUGAUGGGUUUCUAUAGAGUCAAUUAUGAUGAAGGAAACUGGGAGCGUCUUAUUGCUAAGCUGAGCUCAAGCCAUCAGGACAUUCCUGUGAUCAACAGAGCUCAGAUUAUUGAUGAUGCCUUUAGUCUUGCAAAGGCAAACAUAGCAAACACAACUCUGGCUCUGAGGACAACUACAUUCCUGAAUAAAGAAGUUGAAUAUAUGCCCUGGCAGACCGCUAGGAAAAACUUGAAUUACUUCUUUCAUAUGUUUGGCUGUAGUGAAGUGUAUGGACCCAUGAAGGCCUAUAUCAGAAAACAGGUCACCCCUCUGUUUCUUUACUACAAGGAUCUCACUCUAAACUGGACAAAGAUCCCAGACAAGCACACAGAUCAAUACAAUCAGAUCAAUGCAAUCUCCUUGGCCUGCAGUACAGGAGUGGAAGGCUGCAGAGAACUGGCAUCUGGCUGGUUUAAAGAGUGGAUGAACAACCCUGCUGUCAACAACAUUAAUGCCAACCUGAAGUCCACAGUGUAUUGCAAUGCAAUUGCAGCAGGUGGAGAUGAAGAGUGGGACUUUGUAUGGAAAAUGUAUAAGAACGCUACCAUUGCUUCAGAGGCAGACAAACUCAUGCAUGCUCUGUCCUGCACCAAGGAGCCCUGGCUGUUAAACAGGUAUCUACAGUAUUGCCUGGAUCCAGAGAAGAUCCGGAAGCAGGAUGUAUCUGUUACUUUUAUUUACAUUGCACAAAACCCUAUUGGGCAACCUCUGGCUUGGGACUUUAUUAGAUCCAACUGGGACUACAUAUUCAAUGAAUAUGGUUGUGGAUCAAUUUCUUUUGGAAGUAUUAUUUAUGGAUUGACUGAACGUUUCUCCUCUGAAUUUGAUUACAAACAGUUGAAGCUGUUCAAAGAAGAGGUCGGAGCACGGCUUGACUCAGCAGCUGCAAUUAUUGAACAUGUGCUGGAGAGAACCAAGGCCAACAUGAACUGGGUGGCCCUGAACAAAAAACCACUGUCUGACUGGCUGAUUAGUCAAACGUCUAAAAUUUUGUAAUCCUAGCCAUUCGGUGCAGAGAUAUAAAACAUGCAACAGAUUGUUCUACAAACUUUUAUCUACUUGAAAGCAAGCAUACUGUAUAUUUGAACUUUGUAUAUCAUUUUCUGAUCAAAUAGGCAUAACUUUAAUGAGACAUUUAGGGGAAAUCUUUUAUGAAAUAAAUGUAUUUGAAAAACUA